UCACGUGCAUCGGCCACUUCUAUGCUGAGCAGGGCGUCAGGUACACAAAGCCUGAGAUUGUGCAGGGACUCGCCCCGGCUAUGACGAUAGAUGAGUUCAUGUCGGUUGUACCACAUUGGGCUGAUAAUAAUAAGAGGGCCGCCUUCAUGGAGUUGGUCAAGAAUUGGGUCGGCGAAAACCCCGAUUUCAAGGCCGUGAGCGACCGGAACAAGGCCAACCGUGGUUCUCAGGGAACACACACUGCGGGGAGCAGCAGCACCGAUCGCUAUCGGGAGCGUCUGGGGAAGAAGCUCGGGAGGGAACUUGGUGAGAUGGAAGCGUGGACGCACAUGAAGCUGGUGACGCCCGGUCCGAACGAGCCUCGGCCCGCGCCUGAGAUGUACUACGGCAAGGCCAAAGAGAACAAGGAAAGAUACUCUCUACUGCUGUGCUGUGCUUGCCUGCACAAGAGCUGUUGUGCUCUUCUGCAGCGCCAUGGUGCCUGCUCCUGCUGUGCUAAGCUGCUGCGCUAUGCCUGUGCUGCUGCUGUGUGA